AUGAAGACGAGCCGCCGCGGCCGAGCGCUCCUGGCCGUGGCCCUGAACCUGCUGGCGCUGCUCUUCGCCACCACCGCCUUCCUCACCACGCACUGGUGCCAGGGCACGCAGCGGGUCCCCAAACCCGGCUGCGGCCAGGGCGGGAGCACCAACUGCCCCAACUCGGGCGCCAACGCCACCACGGUCAACGCCACGGCCGCCCCCGCCGCUGCCGCCGCCGCCGACCAAGGCGCCCCGGGCGGCGCGCUCUACAGCUGGGAGACGGGCGACGACCGCUUCCUCCUGAGGAAUUUCCACACCGGCAUCUGGUACUCGUGUGAAGAGCAGCUCGGCGGGCGCGGUGAGAAAUGUCGCAGCUUCAUUGACCUGGCCCCAGCAUCGGAGAAAGGGGUCCUGUGGCUGUCGGUGGUCUCCGAGGUGCUGUACAUCCUCCUGCUGGUGGUUGGCUUCAGCCUCAUGUGUCUCGAGCUCUUCCACUCCAGCAAUGUCAUCGAUGGGCUCAAGCUCAAUGCCUUCGCUGCCGUCUUCACGGUGCUGUCAGGCCUCCUGGGAAUGGUUGCCCACAUGAUGUACACACAGGUGUUCCAGGUCACCGUGAGCCUCGGCCCCGAGGACUGGAGACCUCAUUCGUGGGACUACGGGUGGUCUUUCUGCCUGGCGUGGGGCUCCUUCACCUGCUGCAUGGCAGCCUCGGUCACCACGCUCAACUCCUACACCAAGACGGUCAUUGAGUUCCGGCACAAGCGCAAGGUCUUCGAGCAGGGCUACAGGGAGGAGCCGACCUUCGUAGACCCAGAGGCCAUCAAGUACUUCCGGGAGAGGAUCGAGAAGGGCGAGUGUAGCGAGGAGGAGGACCUGCGCCUGGACUGCCGCCACGAGCGCUACCCGACCCGUCACCAGCCGCACAUGGGGGACUCCUGGCCCCGGGGCUCGGCACAGGAAGCGGCACCAGAGCUGAGUCACCAGUGCUGGGUGCUGGGGCACUGGGUGUGA